CCAGCCUCUCUCCCCUCCGUUGGCAAAGCCGCCUCGUUGAGCAAGAGGGGCCUGACGAGAUUUCCAUGAACAAACUUCCCGCGGGGAGCAAAGGGCAGCGGGAUCCCGUCCCUGCCCGACCACCACUUCCCGAGGAGAUUCGGACAGCAAAGGGACGGCUAACGGUGGCUGUGGGGAGGAGGAGGAGGGCAAGCCCAGGCUGAAGGAGGCUGUGAGCCCACCUGGUCCUUCAGCUUCCCCAGCCCCGCUCUGCCCACAGGCGAUGGCGGCCACCACCACGGUGACCGACUCCGGGAGCAUGAGGAUCAUCACGGAGGUCAUCCCGGCCACAGACCCCCGAGCGGCCCAGCUGACCUCCGCCUCCAGCCCGUCCACGCCUGCCGUGUCGUCGUUUCAAGUCAGAGGUUUCAGACGGGCUCAGCCCAAGGCGCUGGGGACCAUCCACAUCUUCACCGGGAUCAUCCACAUCUGCUUCGGGAUCAUCCUGACGGUGUCAGAGCAUGGGACCCUUUCCCUCCCUGUGGCCAGCGGGGUCCUCUUCUGGCUUGGGCUCCUGCUCCUGGUCUCAGGCUCUCUGCUGGUGGAAAGCGAGAAAAGAGAUAACAUCUUGCUGGUGAAGAUCUGCUGCGUCGUCAACAUCGGGGUCAUCCUGAGCACGCUGGUGGCCACCCUCGUCCACACCACGGCCAUCGCUCACGACAUCCCCGGCUGCGAGAACAACAUGCCAUACCAGCUAAAAGCCGAAUGGUGCUUCGAAGCUGAGAACAAGAUGCUGAGCAACGGGCUGGACUCCAUGUUCGUCAUCUUCUGCCUCCUGGAGUUCUGCGCGGCGGUGGUGGCCCUGGCCUUUGGCUACGACGCCAUCAAGCAGCACAACUACACGCGCAUGGCGCUGUAGCCACGGCCGAGCCCGCAGCCAUCCCAUUAAGAAGCACCGCACGCUCCAGCCCCGCUGCAGCCGAGGUGCCGGAGCCCGGUAGGGCCUCCCUGGGGCCUGAUGGUGGAGCCCAUCGGAGCCCGAGAUCCCUCCGUGGCCUGGGCCUGGGCCUGUCCCUGAUGAGGCUGCUCUCCUCCGCGGGUUUGCCCCCCCAAUAAAGGCCUUUCCCCCCUUCCCAGGCCACGGAUCU